AUGCCGCGAGAACACCGUCGUCGCCGGAGCAGUCGCGACAGCUCCCGGCGACGCAGCCGACGCCGCUCGCGAGAACAAAUCUAUACCAACACCUCCACUUCCCAUGCCGAUGCCUCCUACGCUUCUCGCCAGCGGCAGGUAGACCGUAGAAACUCUCGAAGCUCCCUAUCCUCAUCGUCCUCCUCCUCCUACCUCGACAUAUCGCGUCACUCCCCCCCCGUCCGUGCUGGAAACAUUUUUACCACCUUCUUCACCGCCCCGUCCGAGCAUAGGCGUCGCCAGCGGACGAGCAGGAGACGCGCAACCGCGCGUAUCCUACCUUUUGGAAACUCCUCGAGCUCUUCCGUUGAUUCUGACCUAGCCUAUGGCACAGGCUUCAUCAGACGGUCGAGAAGCUACAACUCAAAUCGCAAUUCACCUCAAGUCCAGCACCAACAACCUCAGAAUGAUGGCCGCCAGCACCAACACGAUAGCCGUAGACACGAACAAGGCGCGUAUGGAUAUCCUCAGCAGCCGUAUCAGCAGCCGUACCAGCAACAAUACCAGCAACCAUACCAGCAACCAUACCAGCAGCCGUACUCACAACCGUAUCCUUACCGUGAUCCUCGAUACCAAGAACCUCCUGUGCCCCAAGCCUAUCCUCCCGUGCCUCAGCAAAGUUACUCGCAAUACGAUCCUCGUUACCAGCGUAGUCAUGAUGUUACUCCCACGCAGCACCAACGUCCCCCUCCCAUUGACCCGCGCUAUUCCGACACGCGCUACUCCGAGUCUGCAUCCGCGACGCCUACCGCUCCUACCGUUAGCGCUGCCGCAAUGGGCGUGGCUGCCGCCGCCGCGGUUGCUGGUGUAGGCGCAGCGGCUUCUGUCGCCAGUCGGAGGGAUCGCGAUGACCGCGACAGCAUUGAUCGUCGCUACCCUCGGAAAGACCGCGACCGUGAUGAUCGUGAUAGCAGCGAUCAACGGUAUUCCCGAAAGGAGCCCGACGGCGGUGUGCCCGCGCGACCCUCUCGACAGAAGCGUACUGGGGUGGAUGAAGAGAUAAUGGAGAUUGGCCGUCGUCUCACCCAGCUACAGAGUGAUUUAGACCAGGCCGAGACGCGACCUACUGGCUUGGUGUCUGGGUCGAAAGGCCGUGGCAUUGGAUCUUCAAAGUAUAAGGUCGAGUCCUCUAGUGAUGAUGAGUGGGAGUCUGCCUCCGACUCCGAUGUAGAAGAUCCUUUGGCAUAUGGCUCAACUGUCUCCUUACCCCAGCCAUCCCAUGUACCACGGCCGCCGCCUCCCGCUCCUGCUCCUGCUCCCGCUCCCGAACCCACUUACACGAUUCCGAGCUCAAAAAAGUCUUCAGUCGUGGAUCCACGCUACUUCGGACCCCAGAACUCGCUGAAGGGAUUUGUGACACCCCUUCCCGAGCCCGUCCAGACAAAGGCGCCGCCGAUGAAGCAUGUAUAUGCCUCACCUACAGAGGACCCUAACCGAUUCGAUGCGAGGAGGAGUUCCUAUUCCUCGACGAAGGAGGUGUACCCUAAACGGUCACGUCCAACCGAAGUACAACUUGAACAGCCCAAGCCGGUGGCGCCUAUUAGUCCUCAGAGGAUAGAGCACUCGUCAUACCGCGAGGAGAACAUCCGUAAGCCUUCUUCUGGCGAAAAUAUCCUCGCCGGCGCAGCCCUUACUGCUGCCGCUGGGGUAGUUGGCCACGCUAUCCUCUCGGAGGAGAAGAGCAAGGAACCGAGGUAUUCUUCUCGCAAAGAGAGUUGCAAGUAUGACGACGGCUACCGCGAAUCUCCCAUCCGGGAUCUCCCUGAGGAAACUAAGGCCCUUCCCGAACGAGAGAGUGAGGAAAGCCGAAAGAAGCGUCUCGAUCAGGAGUAUGAAGAAUACGUGAGGAGUUACAAUAAUCGAAAGGCCGAGAGAGAUCGGAGGAGCCGAACCAAGUAUGACGAGGAACCUACUCUCCGCCGAGAUGAGGAUAAGAAACCGGAAGAAAAGCUGCAGCGCGAAUCUCGCGUGACACGCGACCCCCGAGAACCCCAGAUAUCACCCAAGCCAGCUACCGAAUACACUGAGUACCGCCGUGUAGAGGAUACCUCUCGGACCCCCUCCAAGGCUCCGAUCGACCCAUUCCAGUUCCAAGUCGACUCCGACGCCUUUAAAACUCCAUCCAAUAGCCAGCCCGCAACCCCCCCUAAACGCGAAAAGGCUUCCGAGCCUUCCCGUCCUGCUAUCGUAACAGUUGAGCGGGAGCCUGAUUUCGGGGACGACUACGACUACGACCCUCACCCGCGCUUGAGCAGGAAGGAUUCCUUUGAACUCGAGCAGAUGGCCGAGAUGGCACGUGAGUCGCCAAGCCGCGAGCCUUCCACCCGCCGGCUUGCAGAGGAAGAAGAGGCCUUGAAAAAGGCCUACUAUGAGGCCAAGCGCGCCGAAGCCUCUGAGGAGCCUACUAAUAAACCUGAUUCUCGGGAGAUCGAGGCGGCCCCGCGAGAUGAUCCUCCCGCUAAAGAUCCUGUCCUAGAGGAGGCUGAUGAGUAUUACCGCAAGUCUCGCAAGGAUGCUGCCGAGCGUGCCGAGCGGAUCCGGUCCCGCUCCGGUUCGCGGAGGAGAUCUGUCGUCGAAAAAUGGAAGGAGGACGAAGAAGAUGAACAAGAGCUGGAGAGGGUCAUUGUGACUCCUCCUGAAUACGAGGAACACGAAACGGUUAACCCUUUCGACAAGCCGAAUGCUGACGUUCGCAUUGACAAUAUUCUUAAUCACCCUAACGAGCUUUCGGAGUUCAUGGAGAAACGGGGUCGCUCUGUUGACGCGCCUCACACUACAACGAGGGAUCUCUCUCGGGAACGACCGCUCCUGAAUUUGGUACCGCCUACUCCCAGCGUCUCGCCUCCUCUGGAGAGUGUAAUAGAAAAGGAGGAGGAGAGGCAGACUCGGUCCAGAUCUCGGUCCCGGUCCAAGUCUCGAUCUCGAUCUAGAUCUCGGUCUGGGACGAGAGAGGUAUCGCCAGGGAGAGAGGUGCCGGCCGAGACUUCUGAGCCUAAUAUUCUCAUUGGACCCCGCGGUGAGAUCAUCCAUUUGUCGGACGACGGCAAGGCGGAUGAGCCAGUGCUUGAGAAGGAUGUAGGCCCCCGCGGCGAUAUCGAGUACCCGAGCGCCGAGACUAAAAGCGCCUGGGGUAUUGUCAAUAAUGAUCUUGCCAGCAAAUUUGCGGCCUCCAAGUUAAAUGAAGAGGAGUUGGCCGACGCGGACAAGGCACUCGAUGGAGAGCCUACGCGCUCCAUUGAGAGCACCGAAGAAGUCGAACCCGAGGAAGUCCCGGAUGCGGAGCAGACCGUUGCAGGCGUCAAGCCACCGGCAGAUGUAGAGCCAGAAGCCGACACCAGCGCCAAACCUCCUUCCGGAGAGCAGCCAGUAGUAAUCGAGCAGGCUGAGGAAGUCGACCGGGUUCUGGAUGAUGCACCCGCUGAGCUCGAGCCCUCCUCUGAAAGAGAGAUCCCUGCCGAAGAGGAGCCGACUGAAACUCGGGAUAUCAACGUAGUUGAUGCUCCUACUGUCGCUGAAAUCGAACCGCCCGCGGAGGAGCUGUCAGGAGAACCGGUGAUCGAGCACCGUGAUCUUGAGAAUGAGGGGGACGAUAGGGAGAAAGAUACGCAAGAUCCUGUUCCUGUCGUUGAGGAGACUCCGGUUCCCGAGAUUGUAUCAACGCGAGAGCUUGUGGAUGAAGCCCCUGUUGAGCCUGAACCCGUGGAAGAAGUUCAGGUGCAGAAACCUACCGAAACCGCUGAGGCCGGGCCUGUCGAGGAGAAUCCCACGGAAACUGCAACUGCAGACGCGCAGUUGACUCGGGCUGAUUCUGAGAUACCUGCCGAAAUCAGCGAGGUGCUGGAAGGGGAUGACCUUGCCAAUCUACCACCCCUCCCCGACUCGAUAACUGAAUCUGUUGCCGAUUCGAAGGCUCUUACCCCUAAAAUCCCAGGCUCCUAUGGUGACGAUUUUGAGUUCGCUGCAACGCUAAGUGCGGGCUUAAAAGCUGCUGGAUUUGAUGAUAAUAUUGUCAUCGAAGACGCUGAGUACCGACGCCGUGACUCUCCUCCAGGUUCCAAUGACGAACUUGGCCCCAGCACAGCAUCCAAGUCGUCCCCUGUGCUCGACAAUGAGCCGGCGGCGGACGAGUGGGGAAGCAUGUUCAAGAGUAAGAAAAAGAAGAAGAAGGGCGGCAAGAAGCAAGCCAAGGAAAUCCUCCCUCCUGAAGAGAGCACCGAGGCCGCUUCCCCCGAGCCGGAGCCGGCACCGCCUGCUGAGGAGGGCGAAGCUGCCCCUCCUUUGGAACCUGUAUCUCAACCCGAGCCUGAGCCCCAACCCGAAUCCCAACCUGAACCUCAACCCGAACCUGAAGCCAUUGCCACGGAACCGGUAACGGAUGCCAAAGAAGAUGGCUUUGUUCCUCCGAAGAAGUUGAGCAAGAAGGAGCGGCAGAGACUAGCCAAGAAGAAGGCCGCCGAAUCAUUCCAAGAAGAGGAACCUCCCACGACUUCUCCCAAGGAUGACGAUUGGGACAAAGUGGUGGAUGAGGAUGUCCAAAGCCGGGCUCUAGAACCUACUCCAGAGGACUCUUGGGGUUUGGCUGACGAACCUAGCGAGCCUGCCCCGCCUGCGGACGAUGAUUUUGCUCCCCCAAAGAAGUUGACUAAGAAGGAGCAGCGGAAACUAGCGAAGAAGCAGAAAGCUUCGGCGGCGUCCUUGGAUGAACCCGAAGUUGCUCCAGAACCUGAAGUUGUUCCUGAACCUGAGUUUGUUCCCGAAUCUGAAGUUGCGCCCGAGCCUGUACCUUACGAGAGCGAGCCGAUUGAGCCCCCUACACAAACCUUAACGGAAGAGUCAUGGGACAUGGCUGCCGACGUACCCGAACCUACGUCCGAGAAGGCCCUGAAUGAAGAUGAUGUCUGGCACGAAGCACCAGAGGCUCCCAAGGAGGCCCCCGCUCCCCCAGAAGACGACCCGUGGGGUUUCCCGGCCAAGAAGAACAAGAAGAAGAAGAAGGGUCGUCAGGUAGCGGACGUUGACUGGGACAAGCCCGAAGCCAAGCCUGAAGAAGAGCAACCUAAAGAGCCCACACCGCUGCCGGCACCAGAGGAAGACCCUUGGAGCGCCCCUGCGAAGAAGACCGGUAAAAAGGGUAAGAAGAAGCGUGGUAAGAUGGAUGCUUGGGCAGACCCUGAACCCCCCGAUAAAGGGGCAAAUGGAGACCAACCUAAUGGUAAUGGCGAGGAAGCGACGAAGUCCGAUGAUAUCGGCCAGGAGUCUUUUUUAGCUAAUGCCGACACCUCUGGCGAAGGUGUCGGCUUACCGGUUGCAGUUGCGACUGCGGUUGCGGUAUCUGCCGCACUCGCCCGGUCAAAUGCCACCGAAUCUCCAUCGGAAGAAAAGGAGAAGCAUACAGAUGACAAUGAUCGAGCCCUUGGUCCCGUCUCAGAGCUGACCUUGGGUCCCAUCGAUGAUGUUGAUAAUUUAGAUUCAGGAAUCGUUGAGCGGCAGGUGAAACCCGCUAUCGAUCCCCUGCAUGGAGACCUUCUCCCCCUUCCACCAAGCGCGCCUGGUUCGCCAGGCGAGGUGGCAGAAGAUCUACCCGAUCUUCCUGACAGCCGUCCCGAUACCCCCCCGGACCAAGUCUUCAAGCGGACGAUGCUUGAGCAGAAGAAUCGUCGCAAGAGCGUCCAUGACUCCCCCCACGCCAGGUCCCACAGCCAGACCGCCAUCCCCCUUCCCUACCUUUUCGGUCAAAGAUCCAAUCCCUCUUCCCCACGCGUCUUUAAACAUUCCCCCGCUUCUUCACCCGUUUCCUCCACCGCCGAUUCACCCAUCUCAAGGAAAACUGCCCCCCGUCCUAUCUCCUGGGAAGGUAAGGAUAUGAGACCGCUCAUCCUGUCAUCUCGCCACGGAACUGAGUCCCCAGGACGCUCCGUAUCUCCUCUGAAGAGUGACCGCGAAUGGGGCCCGCGACAUCGCGAGCUUGGCCAUUCCCCCACGAGCAGCCUGGAUUUGAAGGAUGCGAAGAUGCACUUUGACGCGCCUUUGGAUAAACCGGGCCCAGCCCGUGACGACACUGAACCUGUCGCUGAGGAGGACGACAAGGGCGAGGCCGACAGCUUCUUCUCGCCUCUUAAGAAAAAGAAGAAGGGUGGGAAGAAGAAGGGCAAGGAGAAGGCCGCAGCAGUUACGGAAGAGGAAACCGGCCCCUCAGCCGAAAGAACCUUGGACGUUGAGGAAACACGUGCUCCUUCUGCUUACCUUUCUACCGCCGAGGCGUUGUGGGAUGCUGCUUUUGACAUGCAAGAAACAACUAAGAGCGAGCUUCCCAAGAGUGUGAUUGAGCUUGCUCCUGCGCCCACGGGCCCUUCGAAGAAAGAAAAGCGUCAGAAGAAGAAGGCCAGCCAAACUUCCUGGGAUGAUGUCCCCGAAAGUACUUCAACUGAACCACUACCCUCUGAAGAGAAGGCCCUUGAUAUUCCUGCACAAGCCUCUGUGGACGUACCAGAGGAAGUACAGCAUGUAGAUGAUAUUAAGGCCACUCCCCUCCCGGCACCCGAGGACCAAAUCUUCUCGACUAAAUCAAAGAAGAAGAAGAAGAAGGCUAGCCAACGAUCCUUGGAUGAUGCUCCUGAGGACACUUCGGCCGAGCAACAACAGCCACCUGAAGACCAACCACCUGAUGUCCCUGUCCAGGUGCCCGCUGGCGUAUUGGAAGAAACAAGUCCCGCGGUUGAUGUUGAGGUCCCACCCCCCGAAGAGGAAAUCUCCCCGGUCAAGUCCAAGAAGGGAAAGAGGAAAAAGAAGGCCAGUCAAAGCUCUAGGGAUAUUGUAGAUGAGCUCCCAGCCGAACAGCCCGUCGAAGAACUACCUGUUGAGGACCCACCCGUCGCCGAACCGCCCGUGGAAGAGCCGGUCGUGGAAGAAUUGCCUCUCGAUACCCCCGCCCAAGUGUCUGCCGAUGCAUCAGAGGAGGCAAGGAGCAUAGGCCCAGUUGAGGUCCCAGCGACCGAGGAGGAAGUCAUCCCAGCGAAAUCCAAAAAAGGAAAGAAGAAGAAGAAAUCUAGUCAACUUUUCCUAGAUGAUGCUCCUGCUGAAGGGACUUCGACUGAACAGCCAAAUGAAGAGCAGCCUGUCGAUAUCCCCGCUCAAGUUUCUGCCGACGUGUCAGAAGAAGUAAAGCCCACAGAAGAUCUCGAGUCCCCUUCUCCCCAGGAAGAUAUCAUCCCAGCCAAAUCGAAGAAGGAGAAGAAGAAAAAGAAGAAGGCUAAUCAACUUUCCUUGAAUGAUGCCCCCGAAGAGACCUCAACUGAGCAGCCGACUGAAGAGCUGCCCGUCGACAUUCCUCAGAUUUCUCCUGAUGUGUCAGAAGAGGUCAAGGAUGCUGAGAUUCCUGCCCCUGAGGAGGGAAUCAUCCCUGCUAAAUCAAAGAAGGGGAAAAAGAAGAAGAAGGCUACUCAAACUUCCUUGGAUGCUACUCCUGCCGAGAGGACUUCAACUGAACAACCGACUGAGGAGCAACCCACUGACACUCCUGCUGGGAUCCCUGCUGGGAUCCCUGCUGAUGUAUCAGAAGAAGUAAAGGUCGUUGAUGAUGCUGAGGUCCCUGUCCCCGAGGAAGAAAUCACCCCUGCUAAAUCAAAGAAAGGGAAGAAAAAGAAGAAGGCUGGCCAAAGUUCUUGGGAUGAUUCUCCUGAAGCGGAUUCAACCGAACAGCCAACCGAAGAGCAGCCCGUCGAUACUUCUGCUGAGAUACCUGCCGAUGUGUUAGAAGAAGUAAAGGAAACAGAUAUCAUUGAGGUCCCUGCCACUGAGGAGGAAAUCACUCCAGUAAAACCAAAGAAAGGAAAGAAGAAAAAGAAAGCUAGUCAAACUUCCUGGCAUGAUGCUCCUGAAAGUACUCCGGCUGAACAGCCUGCUGAGGAGUUGCCGCUUGAUCUCCCUGCCCAAGCUUCUCCUGAUAUAUUGGAAGAAGUAACGCCUGCGGACGAUGAGAUCCCACCACCUGAAGAGGAAAUCAUCUCCGCAAAGUCAAAGAAGGGAAAGAAGAAGAAGAUAGCUAGUCAAUUUUCUUUGGAUGCGACAGAGGAGCCCCUGGCGGAACAGCAGACCGAAGACCAGCCUCUUGAGAAGACAAUUCCGCCUCCCGAUGAGCCUGAGGAACCGAAAGAGCUGGGACCCGAUGAAGACUUGGCGCCUGCCAAAUCGAAGAAGGGCAAGGGGAAGAAGAAGUCAAAGGCUGACAAAGUUGAUGCUUCAUCUCCUGAGAACGAGCCUCCUACUUCUGAGCAUGUUAUCCCCGAAGACGCCCCUGCCGAGUCCGCAGGCAAGUCCGUUUCUGAUACUACGGAGGCGGCAUGGGGUGAUUUUGCAGAGGAAAGCUUGGCCGAUGCUGUUGAGGAACCUGGAGUAAAAGAACCGGAAACUUCUAUACCUACUCCCGAAGAUGAUGCCACCCAACCCCCUUCUCCUGCCACCGGCUCUGCUCCCGCUGAAGAUGAGUCGGGCCUACAGUUUGGAAAGAAGAAAAAGAAGAAGGGAAAGAAGGGAAGCAAGUCCCAGGCCGAGGAAGUUCCUGAACCAGAGGAUACGACUGUUCUGGCCGCUCCGGCUGAGGAUAUUCCCUCCGUUCUUGAGGCUGAGACACCAGUGACUCGUGAUGCUUCGACUGCCGCUCCUGAAGAUGAACCCUCGGCGGCCCGGGUUGGUAAGAAGAGUAAGAAGGGUAAGAAGAAGCGUGGUGCCGUUGAUGAACCCGCCAUCCCCGAAGAGAUCCCUGCCACACCCGAGCCUGCCGACGAACCUGUAGAUGUUCUCGACUCCAUACCUGAGGCCGCUCAGCCUUCUCAAGAACCCGAGAAGCCUGUUGAGCUCCUAGAUGACGAGCCCUCCGUGCCUUCUCCAGGCAAAUCGAAGAAGGAAAAGGAGAAGAAACGCAAGGGCAAGUCUGACUUGACGCCCGGCCUUGAGGAACCUGCCGGACCGAAAGAAGAGGCCAUACUCCAUGAUUCAUUCGAGGAGCAAGAGGCAGUAGCUGAGCCUGCGGCCCCGGCAGGUGAGGAGAAGAGCUCAGAAACUGUCGAGGACAAUUGGACGCCACCUUCUAAGUCUAAAAAAUCCAAGAAGAACCGCAAAGGAUUAUCUCGUGGUCUCGAGGACAAGCCGGCAACUUCUCCAGACGAACCUGUGGAACAGCCUGUACAAGAGGUUUCAGACGAGCCCGCUUCUGAUCUAGCUACCUCCGAGCCAAUGACAUUGUCUCCACCUCUUGAGUCGGCCUUGAGUGGCAAGAAGGGAAAGAAGGCCAAGAAGAAGAAGAAGUCGGUCUCUUUUGCCGACUUCCACCAAGAACAUCCAAUUGAUUCGUCCGCCGAUGCCGAUGUGGACUCCACGGUGUCACCAAUGCCCGAGAAGGAGGAUGAGUCUCUCGAUGCGCCCUUGGAGAUGAGAGAUCCGGCGGAGCGGGAAGUUUUUACAUCCGCGGAAGACUCGUGGGCCGAUGCGUGGGAUUCUGCUCCACCCGAGGUGCCUGAACCGUCUGCUGAGACCCCUGUCACGCCCUCCCUAGACGACCCCGAAUUUUCUUUCCUGCCAAAAUCCAAAAAGAAGAAGAAGGGAAAGGCUGGGAAAUACGAGUCUGUCCCUGAGCCUGAAGUGGCUGGACCUUCUUUCGCUGAGGAAUCGGUCGAUCCACUUGCAUCUCAAGAAAUUACUGACAUUGACGCUGCUUCUACCUCUGCCGAGUGGGGUGAUGAGGCUUCUUCUGAGCCUUCCUCUGAGCCUACCGUAGGCAAGAAGAGCAAGAAGAAGAAGGGCAAGGCGAACCUCAAUUUAGCGGAGCCCCAAAGUACAGACUUGCCCCUAGAGAUUCCCCCUGCCUCGGAUGAUGUAGUGUCCCCACUUGCUGAACCCGAAUCUCGACCUCCUGCCGAACCGGAGCAGGCCGUGCCCCCUAUGGAUGACUGGCCUCAGAGCAUUCCUUCGAAGAAAGACAAGAAGAAGAAGAAGAAGGGAAAAGCAAAGCACGAUUCUGAGGAGCCUGAGAGUGUGGACUUGCCAGAAACCCUCCACGCUUCGGACGAUGCGGUGCUCCAGCCUAGCGAACCUGAACCCCAACUUCCUGCUGAGUUAGAACAGGCCCCGUCUUCUGCGGAUGACUGGUCUCAGAGCCUUCCCUCCAAGACAGACAAGAAAAAGAAAAAGGGCAAAGCAAAAGACAACUUUGAAGAGCCUCAGAGCCUGGACUUGCCGGAGACCCUGCCUGCUUCAGAUGCCGUGGUGUCCCCGCCUACUGAACCCAAACCUCAGCCUCCUGCAGAACUAGACUCGCCAGCGCCUACCGAGGAUGACUGGACUCACAGCAACCCCUCCAAGAAAGACAAGAAGAAAACGAAGGGCAAGGCCGCGCAGUCGGAGCCUGAACUCUCACGUGAGGCGGAGCCAGACGUUGAAGUCAGUCCCAUUCAAGAGGGCGACACGCCCGCUGCUGAGGUUGAGGUAAAUGCAGAGGACGACUCGUCUUUUACUCCGACAACGCCAACAAAGAAGGGCAAAAAGAAGAAUAAGAAGGGCAUCUCGAUUCCCGCCGAUGAAGAGCCCGUUCCCGAGCCUGUCCCUGCCGUAACCGAUUCCCUAGAGGUCGAAGACCGUCAGCCUAGUCAAGAAGUAGAGCCCGCAGACGAGUUGUCCUUUACCCCCACUGGUAAGAGCAAGAAGAAGAAGAAGCAGAAGCAGAAGAAGGGUCUUUCAUCCGAAUUUGAACCCGAAUCUCAACUUGAACUUUCACCUGAACCUCAACCCGAGCCUCAAUCUGAAUCUCAACCUGACCCUCAACCUGAACUUGAACUUGAACCUCCAUCUGAAUCUCAAUCCCAAACCGAACUUCACCCCGCAGUUCCAUCUGAAUCUCAACUGGAAUCUCAACCUGAACCUCCGUUCAAAGCCGAGCCGGAAGCCGAGCCGGAGACUAUACCCGAGAGUAGGGCUGCUGUUGUGGAGCCCUCUGAGGAGAAAGAAACGUUGCAGGAGGUGCAGUCUGAGGCUGAACCUGUAGAUGAUGGCGCGUUCACCCCGACAUCUAAGAAGGACAGGAAGAAAAAGAAGAAGAAUAAUCUUGCCUUGUCCGAACCAGAACCGGAGCCCCUGCCUGCAUCUCAGUUAACGGAGGUUGAUAUAAUCGAGGAGCCGCAACCAACGCCGCAGUCAGAGCCUGUAGACGAUUGGUCCUCUACCCCAUCAUCUAAGAAGGACAAAAAGAGAAAGAACAAGGGCCUUGCUCUGCCCGAGCCGGAACUCGAACCCCAACCUGAACCGGAGUCUUUGCCUGUAUCUGAGCUAGCUGAGGUAGAACUAGCAGAGGAGCCACAGCCGGCGGCUCCCGAGGCUGAGCCUACGGAUGAUUGGCUACCUACCGCGACAGCUAAGAAGGAUAAGAAGAAAAAGAAGAAGGGCAAGGGUCUGGCUUCUCUCGAACCUGAGCCUGAAUCCCCCCCAGAAUCUCAGGCCGAACCCGAAGUGUUGGCUGAAAGCGCAGCCGAGCUCAACCCUGAGCUAAUUGCAACAGAGGCUCCUGCUGAAACCGAUGCUACUCCGGAACCACAGGCCAAGGUCGAGUGGGCCUCCACGCCGCUCAGCAAGAAAGAGAAGAAGAAGAGGAAGAAGAGCCUGGGUGCUGUUGAGCCUGAACCUGAACCUGAACUCGAGCCGCCUGAACUUCAGCCUGGACCUGCCCCCGAAGCAGCUCCAGAACCUGAGCCGCCGACCGAGCGAUCUGUUGAACAGGAACACGAGGAUAACUGGUCUUCUACGCCUCUUAGCAAAAAGGACAAGAAAAAGAAUAGUGCCUCCAUUCUUGAACCCGAACAAGUAGCGGAGGCUGAUGCGGCCGUUGAACCUGAUCCGCAACUUGAGUCCGCCGCACCAGACCCCGUCACCGUGGCCGAAUCACCCGCAGAGCCGGAGCUUACUGAUGACCUGCCAUACACACCCAUCAGCAAGAGGGACAAGAAGAAAAAGAAGAAGAAGGGCGCAUCUGUUCCUGAGGCAGAUCCGAAACCAGCACCCCUCGAGGACGCCGAACUCGCGGCUAUAGAAUCGCAGCGGGACACCCAGACGGCGGAGCCAUCCCCGGAAGCCGAAUCCCUCCCUAUUCCCGAAUUUGAGCCAGUAGAAACGGUUCCCGAAGUCGCCGAAGGUACUGAAGCAGAGCUAACUCCCCAGCCCGAGUCCGUUGAUGAUUCGUCCAUUCCUCCGACAAUGAAGAAGGACAAGAAGAAGAAAAAGAAGAGCAAGCUUGUCGCUGAACUGGAGCCAAAUCUGGAAGCUGACUCUCCUCCCGUCGUCGCUACCGAAUCCGAAGAUGCCGGUCCUUCAUCCCUUGCCGAGCCUGAAGAGGAACCAGCAGAUGAGUGGUCGUCCACACCGUCCACCAGGAAGGCAAAGAAAAAGAAAAAGAAGAAGGCCAUGGAUACUGUCGAGCCUGAAACUUCUCCUGAUGUCGAACGCGUUAUAUCUGAGCACGCAGCAACUUCAGACAUGCCCGAACCUGCCGACGUCGCCGAGCCGCUGCCGGAGGAUGACUGGUCUUCUGCUCCGAUUGCAACAAUAGGCAAGAAAAAGAAGAAGAAGAGUAAAGCCGCUGCCACCCUCGAACCUCUUAAUCCUGUUGAACACGCUCUUGUUGGGGAGCCUUCUGUUGACGCAGUUCCCGCCAAUGAAUCUCCCGCAGAAGAACUUCCCGUCGAAGAAUCUGUUCUUAGAGAGCCUGCUGUCGAAGAAGCUCCCUCUGAGCAAACCCCGGUUGAAGAUCCUGUCAUUGAAAAAGCUUCCAUUGAACAGUCGCCCGUCGAAGAACUUUCCAUUGAAGAAAUCGUCCUUGAAGAGCCUGCUCUUGAAGGAAUCCCUGGUGGAGAGCCUGUUGUUGAAGAACCGCCCGUCGAAGAGCCUGCUGUGGAAGAAGCUCCUAUCGAACAGCCUCCCGUUGAAGAGUCUCCCCUGGAAGAAGAAGCGCCCAGCAAAGAACAGCCUUCCGUUGAAGACCCCGCCAUCGAAGAAUCCCCCGUCAUAGAACAACCUCUCGCCGAAGACCAUGCUGUCAAAGAACCGUUUGUCGAGCCGCCUGCCGUUGAAGAAGCCUCUGUCGAGGAAGCUCUUGGCAAAGAACUUCCCAAGGAUGGAAUGCAAGUCCCACCAGAGUCCACUUCAGUGGAGGACGUACCACAACCCGCCGAAGCCACCGCUGAAGUAGGAGCUGAGGAUGAAUGGUCGCUCACCCCUGGUGCUAAGGGAAAGAAGAAAGGCAAGAAGGGCAAAAAGGGUAAAGCCACUCGCGAACCUGUUUCUCAGUUAAAUCUCGAGCCUGUGGUAGAAACUACUCCUUGUUCUGAAACUGUGCCUGAACCCGAGAGCAUUUUGGUUGCCGAACAAUUGACGGACACUCAAGGCGGACCGGAUUAUCAGCCCCCCACAUCUCUGCCCGGACCCUCGGAAGAGCAGCCACUAGCUAGUCCUGCAGAUCCUGUCCCGACAUCUGAUGUCCCUAAAGAUAACUCGUCCUCCCCACCGAUAGGCAAGAAGGGUAAGAAGAAACAGAAGAAGAAGGCUUCCAUCGGGCCAGAGGUAGCUCCCGAGCCAGAGGUAGAAAUUCCCGAGGCUACUGAGAUGGCCGGAGAUUCUGAGAAGGUCGAAGAUAAUUGGUCUUCUGCCCCAACUUCUAAAAAAGACAAGAAAAAGAAGAAGGGCGCGGCCUCCCCAGAGCCCAAGCCUGAUUCAGACUCUUCCCUUCCAGAAGAGCUUUCUCCUGUUCCUGAGCACCAAGCAGCAUCGAUAGCACCUGAAGACGAUGGGUCCUCUACUCUCCACAAAAUGGACAACGAACCACAGCCUGAGGCAGAGCUUGACCUAAAUCAGAAGUCUUUACCCCCCGAGCCUGAAGAAUCGAUACCUGCUGAGGACCAGACCGCUUCAGAGAAGCCAGAAGAUGAGUGGUCUUCUCCUGCUCUGAACAAGAAGAAGAAGAAAAAGAAGAAGACGGGUGCAUCUUCCCUUGAGCCUGAUCCCGAGUCCGAGGCUAUUCCUGGAACUUCAAUUCCCCAUGUCGACACGGCUGCUCCAGCUCCCAGAGAGAAGGCCACCCCUGCUUCUCCGAGAGAUGACCCGAUAGUUUCGGCAAUCCUUGAGCCGGGAGCCCAAUUUAUUGACGAACCCACUCCUGAUCUCAAUCCCGAGACUACGCCCGAGGAUGCUAUCCCAAUCCCCCCUGAGCAAAGCACCCCUGAGAUUCUAGAAGACGACUGGUCCCACACCUCAACGACUAAGGAACUCGAGAAGGACAAGGCCAUCCUGGACGCGGAGGCCGAACCUAUCGUGGACAUAGAACCAGCGCCUUCGGAUGAACAAGCCCUACCUGCCCCCGAGGGGUCGACGAUAAUUCAGGAAGAUGACUGGCUAUCUCCAGCAGUCACCAAAAAAGCCAAGAAAAAGAAGAAGGGCAAGCAGAUAGAUGAGCCUGAAUUGACUCCUGAUCCGAAUGCAUCUUCUCUCACUCCUGAAGAUGAUGCGGCUGUAGCUCAGCCUGCUUCAGAUGAUCGCGCUACGGAUGAGCAGAUUGCCGAGGAAACCCGCAGGGUCGAUCCGAGUUAUGCCCCUGCUCUCGGCAAAGGCAAGAAGUCAAAGAAACAGAAGUCACGAAUCCUGGGUGAUUCUUCUUCUUUGGCCGAUACACCGGACUCUGUACCUGCGAGUCUUCAGACACCUUCGUCUGAACCCCUUCCAGAAGAUACCAUCGUUCCCUCGCCUGAGGAAGCGACUGCUAUUGUGCCUCUCACUCCCAUCCCCGAAGAUGCUACGCCCGCCACGGGAUCCUCUGAACCUGUCGACCCUUCUAUACUUGUUGAAGCCCCUGAGACCUCGCCAGUUCAGCCAGAAGAACCCCCCACUGAACGAGCAGAGGCCACUGCGGACACAAAUCCGCUCCCCGAGGAGGAAUCCCCCCCUGUGAUUUCUAAGAAGGACAAGAAGGAAAAGAAGAAGGGAAUGUCUCUCGAGGCUUCCGAGCCCGGGCUUACUCAAAGUGAACCUGCUCCUGAACUUCAUGCAGAGGAGCUCCCCGCAGAGGACGUACCAACGACCGAGGAACAAGAAUUCACCAUCUCAAAGGGCAAGAAAAACAAGAAAAAGAAGAAGUCAAUACCUUCUUCCUCUUUGGAUGCCGAGCCUACAACAGAAUUGGACGUUCCCUCAGCCGAACACGACCUUACUCCCCGAGACUUACCAGUUGUUGACCAGCACGAAACCCCUGAGCCGGCAGACGACCUUUCGUCCGUUACGAAGGGCAGUGUCGCCGAAGGUCUCUCUGCACCAGAGAACCUUGAAGCAUUGCAACUCCACCCAGAGUUAUCGGAGAAAGAAAGUGUUCAAGAACCCACCCUGCCUGCCUCAGCCGCGGAGCUUGAAGACGAAUGGACAGUUGGAAACAAGAAAAGGGACAAGAAAAAGAAGGGAAAGAAAGCCAUGUCCUUUGACGUCUCCGAACCUUCUUUUGACAAGCCUGAAGGCGAAGAUGUCGCAGCUGCCGAGGCUCUAUCUCUGCCUUCAAGCCGGGAAGUAAAUAUGGAGACUGUUAACCCCGUUGGCCCAAUUGAAGCCGUCGAGCCCGAAGCAUCAUCCGAAGUUGUACAAGUUGGGGAUGCCGCUCCUACUUCAACACUCGAACCCUCCCUUGGCGUAAAUAAAGACGAGUCCUCUCUGCCCGCUGAAGAGCCCUCUUCGGCUGAUCAGGAAGCCUCUUCGGAAUCUCUUUCCAGCGGAGAAAUCCUAAUGUCCGAGGAGCCGGAAUCUUUCUCUUUCCUGAGAAAGAAGGAUAAGAAAAAGAAGAAGGGCAAGAAAUCACGGGCCAUGGAUGAUUGGGAGUCUCCAGCACCUACAGGGGACAGCGCAGCUGAUCAUGGUCAAACGCUUGGUUCUCCCGUGGAUCCGGUUCCUGUCGUUUCAGCGGAUCCCGUUCACCCUGAUACCGAAGCCGUCUCCAGCGAGGAGCCCUCUGUUACUGAGCCCCCUACCGAUGCGCCACCCAUCGAUGACUCGGAUUCCUGGACAGCAGGCUUGAAGAAGAGCAAGAAGAAGAAGAAGAAGGAGAAAGCUUCUCAGCAAGCCAGCUCACCCCAUACUCCGGAAGAAGUCACCGUACUCUCAAAUGUGCGCGAAGAGCCAGAGGCUACCGUACCAGAAGGCCCCGAGGUUGCACCUAUAGAGACACCUCAUGAGCUUGAAGAGCAUGAGUCGGCUUUUCAACCCGCAAAGAUGGGCAAAGACAAGAAGGGAAAGAAACGCGACAAGUCUAUUUCCGAAGCCACGACGCCUGCCCCCUCCCGACCUCUAUCGCCCAUCUUGGCUGAGCCGCCCACGUUGCCUGAUACCGAGGGCCAACCCUCUGAUGCAGCCGAGCCUGUUUAUUCGUCAGCUCCCGACGACGUGCCUGCUGAUCCGAUCCCCGAAGACAGUGCUGAAGUAGUUUCUCAAUCCGCUCCUGAAACAGGGACACUGCCCGCCGACACACCCGUGGAGGAAGAACUUCUUGCUGACGACAUCCCGGUUAAACACGACGGACCUGGAGUUGCCGAUAACGUGGUCGAGGACUCCUCGCUCACUCCUUCUAAAAAGUCUAAGAGCAAGAAGGAUAAGAAGAAGCACGGAAAGUCGUCUAGUACUCCCACUCCCGCCGCAUCUCGACCGCUGUCCCCUGUCAGAGAUAUCGAUAACCCCCCGGCGGUGCUGGUAGAAGAGAAUCUGGAACGCGCGCUUCCCGUGGAUGCACCCGUCGAAGUUGCUGAAGAAUCCCCCGCUCCUGCAGACAAUGACCAACCUCUGAUGGCAGAAGAACCGGUUGACGAGUGGAGCUUCACUUCCAAGAAGAAGAAAGGCAAGAAAGGGAAGAAGCGCGAGUCAACAAGUACCAAAACCGCGCCUGCAGAUUCCCCGUCCACUCUACCAUCCGACAAGGCUUCCGCCACCGUGGUUGCAGAGGAGGCGCAAGAAGUCCCAGAGCCCAGCAUCAUCUCUCCCCCCGAUGCUGGAGAGCUUACCCUUCAAGAGGAACUAGUCGGCGAUUGGGACCUCGCCUCGUCGAAGAAGAAGGGAAAGAAGGGAAAGAAGCGCGGAUCUGAAGCAACUACUCCGGCCGUCUCACGACCCCUCUCUCCCAUUCAGGAUAUCAGCACUCGCGAACUUGCAGACCUGCCUUCUUCGGAGGUUGUCCCGGCUAUCGAACCUUUACCAGCCGCGAGCGAGGCGGCCGAGCCUGCAGUGAGCGAGACGGUAGCGGAAGACCCGGCCUCGGAGAAAGUCAUUAUCACAGAGCCUGUCUUACCAGAGACCGACUUGGCCGAUGAAGCCAAGCCCGAGGUGGUAGCGGAAGAUAUCGGCUCAGUGGAUGUCAAUACAGGCGCUGUCUCACCAGCGACUGGCUUAACUGAGGAAGAUAAGCCCGAGGUAGUAAUGGAAGACCUGGACUCAAUGGAAGUCAAUGUCACAGAGCCCGUCUCGACAGAGACCGACUUGACUGAGGAAACUAAACCUGGGGCGGUAAUGGAAGAUUUAAGGUCAGAAGAGGUCAAUACCACAGAGCCUAUCUUACCAGAGACUCACCUGACUGAGGAGUCCAAGCCUGAGGUUGUAACGGAAGAUCUGGGUUCAGUGGAAGUCGGUACUGCCGAAGCUAUCGUACCAGAGACUGACCUGAUCGAAGAAGCCAAGCCCGAGGUGGUGAAGGAUCUAGGCUCAGUGGAAGUUGAUGCUACAGUGCCCGUUUCGACAGAGGCUGACUGGACUGAAGAAGCUAAGGCUGAGUCUGUUGAGCAGCAAGUUGGUAUUGACGACGCCUGGAGCUUCUCAUCCGCCAAGAAGGGAAAGAAGGGCAAAAAGAAGGGACAGAUAUCCGAUACGUCCACCCCAGCUGGGUCCCGCGCCCUUUCGCCAACUAGAGAUGUCCGGGAUGCUCCUCUUCCAGUCGACUCUGUAGAGGCCUCAGACGUUCUUCCAGCAGAAUCUUCUCAAGACCUGAUUGAGACGCCUGCCAAGGACCUGCCUAUAGAGGAUGCUGCCGAUGACUGGGGCUUCUCUACCAGGAAAAAGGGCAAGAAAGGCAAAAAGAAAGGUCUCACUUCCGACUCGACUACCCCAGUAGAUUUGCCCCCACACUCCCCCAUCCCUGAUGUUCUUCCUGCCGUCGACCCCGAGCCUGUCCAAAACCCUGAAGUCCCUUCACCAGAGUCAUCUUCUCUAGAGACCGAUACCCAGAUCAGAGAGGUCGAGGAGCGCACGGACCAAACCCGUGAAGCUUCGGACUCCAACGCAAAGAAAAAGAAGAAGGGCAAGGGCAAGAAAGCUAAAGACUCGGACCUCGAGGUGUCUGAAACUCCCACUCUAGCAGUAUCCCGCUCACUCUCGCCUGUUACGGAGGAGGUAAUAGAGGCUCCUGUGGAUGAUGUUCACGUACCUGAAUCAUCCGCAGCGCUUGGUGUAUACGAGUCCGAGCCUGUUAUCAGCCAGGAGGGCACUGACAAAGGAAUCCCCACCUCUGGGGAAGUUUCACGCCCUAUCUUGCCAGUUGAAGAUGAUGUCUUAGCUCAGCCAUCCCAAUUCUUUGAGGAACCAGCAGUGGUAACUGUUGAUGAAAAUCUCGCGGAGUCCGAGCCAGUGGCACAAGAUGAUAACUGGGGCUUCGCCACCACCUCUAAGAAAAAGAAGGGCAAGAAAUCGAAGAACAAGAGCCAGGACCCAGCUUAUGCAGAUACAACCGUGGGUGACAGCUUGGCUACUGACGCUGCUCGGGGUGAACCCCAAGCGGAACCCGACUUGGCCUUCGGUAUUGUCACAGAACCUGCACCGGCAGCCCAAGAUGUAGACGAGUGGGCACUUCCUGCCAAGAAGAAGAAGAAGGACAAGAAAGGCAGGAAUAAGAGCCAGUCUGCAUCCGAAGCCGUUACUCCUACCACUUCCCGAUCCCUUUCUCCUCUCCGUGAUGACACAGAGCUGCACCACGUUGAACCUCCGGGAACCGAGGUCGCUGCAGCGCCUACCGAACCUGCCGAGCCAUCAAUUGAAGGGGAGGUAGAGCCCGUGUCUGCCGAGAAAGAGGCCGACUCUUUUGAAUUCUCCGUUUCAAAGAAGGGGAAGAAAGGGAAGAAGAAGAGUCACUCUUCUUCCGCGACCCCAUCAGCUUCUCGUCCUCUAUCCCCUGUCCCCGAUGAGCCAUUACCCACGCCAGGAGCUGAGGGCCCGUCCGAAAUCCACGCUGUUCCCACUGAUGCGGACCUAGAGAUCAUUGAAAAGGAACGGACGGCACCUCCUGAGGAGGACGAUUGGGGCUUCAGUACUUCGAAGAAGAAGAAGGGCAAGAAGAAGCAUCAGUCAGCCGUCACUACUCCCACAAUUUCCCGACCCUUGACGCCCGUCCGUGAUGAGGAGAUAGGCCCUGCACCAGAACCCCUUGAUGAUGCAGCAGCUCCCCAGAUCAUCGAGGAUCCGAUAAAUCCCCAGGAAAGCCAGCAAGAGCCAACUCCGGCUGAUCAAGACGCGAACGACUGGGGAUUGACAGUCAAGAAGAAGAAGAAGGGCAAGAAAGACAAAAAGCGGGAUCAGCCAUCCGACCACACUGCGACCACCCCUACUCGAUCACUUUCUCCCUUGAUGCAGGAAACCGACUUGACUCCUGCCCAAGCUACCAGUCAUAUUAUUCACGAGGCACCCUACGAGUUAUCACCACGACCAGAGAAAAAGUUGAAAGUCGACAAUAUCGAAGAGAGUCUUAUGCUUUCUGAGCCCAUCCUUUCAAUCGCGGAAUCCAGCUCUGCUCCACACUUGGAUGAUGAACAAUCCGAUAAUAAAGCGGAUGUCUUCCAUCCUGAUGACAACUUUAUGGCCGAUGAAUCGUCAGGUCAUGACAAGGGUAAAGAUAUAGACUACGACGACCCAUUUAUGGAAGACAUCCGGCCUCAAGCCUCCAUCGUCAAGAAGUCGAAGAAGGAAGGGCCGAAAUCGAAGGGCAAGGAAAUCGAAACGGCUGCUUCUUCUUCCGCAGUUGGCGGCACCGUCGCCUCCCUCGCAGAGAAAUUUGGAGGCCAAGUAUCGCGGUCUAAGAAGAAGCAGAAGAAGAAGAAGAUUUUGGAUAAGAGGACGGAGCGGGAGCCGGAUCUGUUCGAUGAUCCAAUCCUAUGGGAAACUAGUGAUCGAAAGACACUGCUUGGAGAGGAAGCACCAGGGGAAGUUGACGCAUUCUGGGGUGGAGCUGGCGACGAAGAACUAGGGAAGGAGGAUGGCCAUGGAGCAGCAGAAGAUACUGUGAGGGAAGCGGAUGACUUAUGGGGCGGUGGUGAUGAUGAAGAAGUAGUGAAGAAGGGUGAAGAGCGCGGAAUGGAAGAGGAUGCAGCUAGGGAGGUGGAUGAUUUCUGGGGAGGUGGCAAUGACAUAGAUGAGCCGCCGAAGAUGGGCGAGUCGAGAGAGGCUGAGGUUAUCACUGAACCUGCGGAGAUGAAGAUUGUGGACGUACCUGAGGAGAUCAACGAUAUGGAUGAGGAAGCAGAGACGAAGGUAGUUGAACUUGUUAAGAGUGCGGAUGAAUCAAGCAAGGUGGAGAGUGUUGAGCCUCUUGAAUUGGAUGUUGUGGAGUCGCCAAGGGAGGUCGAGAUUGUCGAGCCUCCGAGAGAACGAGAGAUUGUGGAGACGCCGAUAAAGGUGGAGUUUGCGGACCCUGUGAUGGAGGUCGAAAUCAUGGAGCCCCCGAGGGAGGUUGAGGUUGUGGAGGCACCGAUGGAAGUCGAGGUUAUGGAGCCUCCGACAGAGGUGGAUGUGGGGGAGGCGGUGGAGGCUUCGAGAGAACUGGAGAUUGCGGAGCCUCCGACGGAGGACAUGGCUGCGGAGGCCCCUAGGGAGGUUAAGAUCGCGGAGCCUCUGAUGGAGAUUGAGGUUAUGGAGCCUCCGAGGGAGGUCGAGAUUGUGGAGCCGCCAAUGGAGGUCGAAGUCAUGGAGCCUCCGCCUGAACCCGAGAUUGUGAAGGCUCCAGAGAAGCUCGAAAUUGCGGACGAACCCAUCAAGGUCGAACAAUUUGCCGGCCGAUCGACACCUGAGCUAGUAGACAAGCCCCUAGCGGCUCAGAGUGUGGAUUCCUCGACGCAGUCAGAUAUUGUCGGGGAACCAGAGAGACCAGGUGUGGACGACUUGGAGAUGGAUAGAUCACUUGAUGCGUCGACGGAGCAGCCAAGGGAAACCGUGGAGAGUAAGACGCGUGGAUUUUCGCCGGAGAGCCAACCCCCGAUGGAGCUGAAUUUGGACAGAGAUCACAGCUCAGCGGAAGACUCGAUGGAAGAGAGUAGCAAGGUCAUCCAUCCUGCUCGACAUUCCAAGUCGCCUCGUGAGCUACUCAACAAGGAGAAGAAUAUCGUGGACCGCCGUGACUUGAGUCCGGUCAUGAGUAGCUCCAGGGCACUUGAUAACAGCCGUGUGGAUGAUUUCGUUGAGAGUCCAGUUCUAGGACGCGAAGACUCGGGGAAGAUGAGAGGUCUACAAGCUGGCUACAUCGCCAAGACGAAGGCGAAGGCGGAAGAGCCAAGAUCACGAGGCCUUACGCCGGAUACAUUUGACGAUUCUACACUCUCGGCGGAGCCAAUUUACACGCCAACUAGACGACCGGUCUCCCGCGGCCUCGAACCCGUUCCCGAGGAAUCGACGGAAGAAUUUACUGAGAAGCACAAGAAGAGGGAUCGACCAACCAGCAAGCUAGCUCCUUCUACUCCAGAUGUCAACCGAGACAGUGGCUUCGUCGCCGACUCCCCUCACCUCCACCGACGAAGCAAUUGGCUCGAAGAAGGACCACACCGCGACAGCGGUGUCCAUCUCAAAGAUUGGUCCGGAUCACCCCGAACACUCAGCCCCGAGAGAUCCAGUUUCAGCGCCAAUGAGCGACCUCAAACCAGUGAGAAGGCUGAGAGACAACUAGGACGGUCCCCACUCCCACUCGGCUAUAGAGACCUUCACGAGCACCCAUUGUCAAGAACACCAGUGCUUCGAGAACCGUCACCAAGACAAGUCACCCCUGAACCUCAAAAAGUCAGACGAGCCGCCACACAUACGCCAACACCAGAGGACAACAAGCGCGGCAGAUACAAAGAACUACCGACCCCCCUGCGAUACGGAAAGCCUGAGGUGCCCAGAAGCCUCUCACGUUCAGCGACGGCUUCUCCAGCAGUAGCUCAACGAAGUGUAUCUGACAAUGCUGCCCGCUCUCGACUCUCGCCAAGCCCAGACGUGGUUCCGCGGCGUGUGGCGUCCAACACCAGCCUCACACGCCACAAGACGCCCGGGCCACACACGUUUAGGCCUGAUACUCCAGGCAGCAUUCGAUCCAUGUAUAGCGCCACUCCUCCUCUCCGACGCGUUGAUCGACGAAUCAGCGGCGACCUUCGAUCUCUCAGCCAACGAAGUCAAGUCGGUCAAGCCGGCUCAGCUGAGCCGCCCUCUUCCUCUCAGUCUCACUCUCAAGUCCAGGCCCGCAGCCUCGACAACCCAGACCAGCGGUCUGCGCAAACCACUACUCCCGUGGCCAACGAAGGCCGUGUCCGCUCCAAGGACAUGACCGAUGUCUAUGAUGGCUAUGGCGAGGGUCGCAUCGGCUCGCCCCGAUCGCCCACUCGGCCACAUAGCAUGCGCCGUCGGCAAAGCAUGCAAGUGCUCGAGCUCGAAUCCAAGGUCAAGGAAUUAACUGCCGAAAAUCAGAUGCUGGCGAAAGAACGCCAGCAGACCGAACAGACGUACUCUCAAAAAGUCCAAUCCCUACUCUCCGAUCGCGAUGCUGAGAUCGACACCCUCAAGCGCUCAAUCGAGCUCCUCAAUCGCGAAGUUAGCCGCCUCACCGAGGUGAACCAAGGCCUCAACACCGCCAACGCACAGCUCGCCAACGAACACAAUGGUCGAUACCGCGAUCUCGAGCUUCUCCACGCUGCCGCGGCGCGCGAAUUAGAGACAACGCGCUCAAGUCAAGGCGGUUUCGAGCAGCGCAUCCGUGACAAAGACGCCGAGAUUGCCGAGCUCCGAACCCAGUUGGAGUCUGCGCAAGCCAAGAUCCGCGAGAUGCAACAACAAAUUCUCGACUCUUCAAAACCGGCUGACGCGGAAUUCCUCGAUAUUCACGACGUUGACUACUUCGACCACAGGUGUCAACAGCUCUGCCAGCACGUACAACAAUGGGUGUUACGAUUCUCCAAAUUCUCUGACAUGCGCUCGUGCCGCCUGACGAGCGAAAUCAAUGACGAAAAAAUUAUCGACCGCCUUGAUAACGCCGUCCUAGACGGCUCUGACGUUGAUACUUACCUACGCGACCGUGUCCGCCGUCGCGACAUUUUCAUGUCAAUGACUAUGAACAUGAUCUGGGAAUUCGUCUUCACGCGCUACCUCUUCGGCAUGGACCGCGAGCAGCGCCAGAAGCUCAAGGCUCUGGAGAAGCACCUUACAGAAAUCGGCCCUCCGCACGCGGUCCGCUUAUGGCGCGCCGUGACGCUGACUCUCCUCUCACGCCGUGAAUCCUUCAAGCGGCAACGCGACCUCGACACCGAGGCCGUCGUGCAGGCCAUCCUCGAGACCCUAUCCAUGAUCCUCCCUCCCCCUUCUCAUCUCGAGGAUCAAAUCCAAAGCCAACUCCGACGCGUCAUGGCCGAGGCCGUCGAUCUCGCCAUCAUGAUGCGCAGCCAACGCGCCGAGUACAUGAUGCUCCCUCCCUUGCAGCCCGAGUACAACGCCGACGGCGAACUCGUCGAGACCGUGUCCUUCAACGCGGCUCUCAUGAACGAGCGCAGCGGUGACAAGUCCGCAACCAACGACGACCUGCAGGCCCAGAACGCCAUCGUCCGCAUCGUCUUGUUCCCCCUGGUUGUCAAGAAGGGAGACGACACGGGCGUUGGCGACGACGAGAUCGUCGUCUCCCCCGCGCAGGUGCUCAUCGCUCGCAGUCACCGGCGGAAAUCGCGCGGAAUCACGCCUUCAAGCGACCUCGGCGGCGCUGCUGUCGGCGCGUCGGUGCAUUCCCUGGGGGACGCAUCGUAUCUCGAGGGUGGGAUCUAA